AUGUGGCUCCUGGUUUUUGGGCUUGCUUUCUCUCUCAGAUGGACAGGUGCUGCACCCCCCAUCCACCCAAGAAUGGUGUUUGGCUGGGACUGUCCACCUUUGGAACACCCCUGGCAGGCGGCUGUGUUUCCUUCUCAUCACCUAAUGUGUUCAGGUGUCCUGAUCCACCCUCACUCAUCAUCAUACAGUGUCUGUCUGGGCUGCAAUGACAUUCAUGUACAUGCUGAAAAGGAUGCCCAGUGGAUGGAAGUUGCCCGUGCCAUCCGACAUCCAAAAUACUGCCACCCAUUUGAGUGUUGGCCCCUUAACUACAGCCACGACAUCAUGUUGCUUCACCUUAAAGAGCCUGUUAAGAUCACACAUAGAGUGAAGACCAUAGGACUGCCCACCAGGGGCCCACGAAUGGGGAGCCUCUUGCUGAACGUGUACUAUAAACCCGUCUCUCAUCUCUCAGAGAACGUGCAGGAGCGAGAAAUGAGUCCUGACUCACAGGACACUUUUGCUGACACAUCAGUAUAUCCGUCAGAGGAAAUCUCUUGGUGCUAA